GGGCGGGAACAGCCGCCUGCCUGCUGGGAGCCAAAUCGAAAGCACUCGGGCUGAGCCAGGACGUCGGGAGCCGACCCCAGGAGAGGGAGUACACGAGCUGUCCAGGGCUGGUCCCCGAGGCUGGGGAGUGAGUCUGGUCCCUGCUGACCCCUGACGGUGGAGGACUCAGUGGGGGCAGGGGCUGGGGGGGGGGCAGGACAGGGCCUGAGGCCUGAGUGCCACCAGGCACCUGGAAGAUGCCCAUGCCCUGGUUCCUGCUGUCCUUGGCUUUGGGCCGAAGUCCCGGGGUCCUCUCUCUGGAGAGGCUUAUAGGGCUGCAGGACACCGCCCGCUGCUCUCCGGGCCUCUCCUGCCACCUCUGGGACGGCGACGUGCUGUGCCUGCCUGGGAGCGUGGUGUCCGCCCCGGGCCCCGUGCUGGUGCCUGCGCGCCUGCAGACGGAGCUGGUGCUGCGGUGCCGCCAGGAGACCGACUGUGACCUCUGUGUGCGUGUGGCUGUCCACCUGGCCGUGCGCGGGCCCUGGGAAGAGCGUGAAGAGGAGGAGGAGCAGUUUGGAGCAGCAGCCAGCCCUGAGCUUGAGGACUCUCGGAACGCCGCUCUCCAGGCCCGCGUCGUGCUGUCCUUCCAGGCCUACCGUACAACGCGCUGCGUGCUGCUGGAAGUACAAGUGCCUGCUGCCCUGGCGCGGCCCGGCCCCUCUGCGGGCUCAGUGGUUUUCGAUUGCUUCGAGGCGGCCCUGGGGGCUGAGGUGCGACUCUGGUCCUACACUCAGCCCAGGUACCAGAAGGAGCUCAACGUGACACAGCUGCUGCCUGACUGCAAGGGGCUGGAAGUCCAGGACAGCAUCCAGAGCUGCUGGGCCCUGCCCUGGCUCAGCGUGUCUGCGGAGGGCGACCUCGUGCACCUGGUGCUGGACGUCCCCGAGGAGCAGCGCUUCGGCCUCGCCCUGUACCGGAGCCAGGCCCACGGGGCCCCCAGGCCCUGGUGGCACAGAAACCUGACUGGGCCGCAGACCAUCACCCUGAACCACACAGACCUGCUCCCCUGCCUCUGCAUCCAGGUGUGGCCCUUGGAGCCCGACUCGGUCAGGACGAGCACCUGCCCCUUCCGGGAGGACCCCCGCGCCCUCCGGAACCUCUGGCGCGCCGCCCGGCCGCGUCUGCUGCCCCCGCACAGCUGGCGCCUGGACGCGCCCUGCUCGCUGCCCGCCGAGGCCACGCUGUGCUGGCAGGCGCCGGGAGGGGGGCCCUGCCGGCCACUCGCGCCGCCGCUGCCCCGGGACAACGUCACGGUGAACAAAGCCCACGAGUUCCCGCUACUCAGGGGCCACCCUAACCUCUGCAUCCAGGUGAGCAGCUGGGAGAAGCUGCAGCUGCAAGAGUGCUUGUGGGCUGACACCCUGGGGCCCCUCAGGGAUGAUAUGCUGCUGGUGGAGACGCGAGGCCCCCGGCACAACAGGACCCUGUGUGCCUUGGAACACAGUGGCUGCACCCCGCUGCCCAGCAGGGCCUCCACGAGGGCAGCUCGUGUUGGAGAACACUUACUUCAGGACCUGGAGUCAGGCCAGUGCCUGCAGCUGUGGGAUGACGACCGAGGCGCGCUCUGGGCUUGCCCCAUGGACAAGUACGUCCACCGGCGCUGGGCCCUGGUGUGGCUGGGCUGCCUGCUGGUCGCCGCUGCGCUUCUCCUCCUCCUGCUCCUGCUGCUCCGGAAAGACCCCGUGAAAGGGUGGCUGAGGCUCCUUAAGCAGGACUACCGCUUCGGGGCGGCCGCCGGGGGCCGCGCGGCCCUGCUGCUCUACUCCGCGGACGACGCAGGCUUCGAGCGCCUGGUGGGCGCGCUGGCGUCGGCGCUGUGCGCCUUGCCGCUGCGCGUGGCCGUGGAGCUGUGGAGCCGCCGUGAGCUGAGCGCGCAGGGGCCCCUGGCCUGGUUCCACGCACAGCGGCGCCGGACCCUGCAGGAAGGCGGCGUGGUGGUGCUGCUCUUCUCGCCCGGCGCCGUGGCGUUGUGCCGCGAGUGGCUGCAGGACGGCGUGACAGCGCCCGCGGCGCGCGGCCCGCACGACGCCUUCGCCGCCUCGCUCAGCUGCGUGCUGCCCGACUUCCAGCAGGGCCGGGCGCCCGGCCGCUACGUCGGGGCCUGCUUCGAGGGCCUGCUCCCCCCGGACGCCGUGCCCGCCCUUUUCCGCACCGUACCUGUUUUCUCGCUGCCCUCGCAGCUGCCCGACUUCCUGGGGGCUCUUCAGGGACCGUGCGCCCGCGGCUCCGGGCGGCUCGCAGAGAGGGCGCAGCAGGUGUCCCGGACCCUCCAGCCUGCCCUGGACAGCUGCUUCCAGCACCCGGGGGCCCCGGGCCGGGGCGCGAGAUGGGCCUUGGGGCCGGGGACGGGACUCGAAUAAAGGCAGACGCUAUUUCUUUCUA